UUGCUAAAAAAAUUGCCGAAAUGCUAAAACUAAAGCCAACACAAGAAGACAUCAUCCACAAAUACAAUGCUCAAGACCUUAGCCUCUUCCACGCUCACCCUCACCACGGCCACUAGCAGCGGCAGCUCCACCACCAUUACCUCACCCCUCUUCCACUUCUCAUCCUCACUCUGCAAACCUUUCCUUAAUCCUCUCUCCAAAUCCAAAUACAGGCCCCUCGGACAUCUAUCCAAACGACAUACGACUACCAUGAACCUCUUGAACAAGCUCGGCUUCGGCUCCCCCAGGGCCACACAAUCCGCAGCCGACGCGUCGAUUGCGCAGGGACCGGACGACGACGUUCCCGCCCCUGGCCAGGAGUUCGCACAGUUCGGGGCCGGUUGCUUCUGGGGGGUUGAGCUGGCCUUCCAGAGAGUCCCUGGCGUUACCAAGACCGAGGUCGGGUACAGCCAGGGGUUCGUGCAUAGUCCCAGCUACGAAGACGUGUGCUCGGGUACCACCAACCACUCCGAGGUCGUCAGGGUCCAGUUCGACCCCAAGGAGUGCAGCUUCGACGCUCUCCUGGACGCGUUCUGGGCCAGGCAUGACCCAACCACGCUUAAUCGCCAGGGGAAUGAUGUGGGGACGCAAUACAGAUCCGGUAUAUACUUCUACACGCCUGAGCAAGAGAGGGCAGCAAGAGAGUCUCUGGAGCGUCAGCAGAAGCUCUUGAACAGGAAGAUCGUGACUGAGAUUCUGCCUGCCAAGAAGUUUUACCGAGCAGAAGAAUACCAUCAGCAGUACCUUGAAAAAGGUGGCCGAUUUGGCUUUCAACAAUCUGCUGCCAAAGGCUGCAAUGAUCCGAUCCGAUGCUAUGGCUAAUUAGUUUCUCUUAGGGGCAAGCCCCAGCCAGAGUGGAUAUUCUUGUUACGAGUCCUGAGACUUUAUGAAACGCUACUAUAAUAAAGAAUGCCCAGUGUAUUUUUACCUACUGGACGUGGAUCUGAAACUAGACGUGUGUUUUCCAACAAUCAUCAACAUUUGCAUUUGCACUGGUGGCAUGUUUUA